AUGGAGGAAAAUUCAAAAUUAUUUUCUAAUCAAUUCGACGUUAUUGAUGGCGAUUCAUAUGGUAUAAUGGCACGUGAUGAUGAAUUAGAAGAUGAUUAUUUUACUCAAUAUAGAAAUGAUAUUAAUGAACAUGAAAUAAUACAAGAUGAUCCACAAGAACAUUUAUCACAACGAUUAAGUCAAUUGUCAAUGAGUAACAAGAAUGAUGAUGAUGAUUCAAUACCAAAAUAUCUACAAGAUGAAUUGGAUAAAUUAACUUGUACAAUAGAUCGAAAAGAUCUUCGACAUAUAGCAUACAUUCUCUAUGAACUAGGACGUUAUAAACAUUUGCAUGAUUUAUGGUCACUUUAUUUACAAGCUGGUCUUGGUCAAUUAUUAAAAUCAAUCCAACAUGAACAACCCUAUUGGGCAUAUCAGGAAACUUUCAUUCAUCAACAACUCAAUGAUUAUAAAAUUAAAUUAGAUUAUUAUCAAAAAGAAUAUGAUUCAUGUAAAAUGGACUCUUAUAUACAAGAUGUUAUUGAAAAACUUGUCAAUGAAUAUGGUUUAAUCGAAAUUCAUAUGGAUUGUCAAUAUACGACUGCAUUAUUAUAUAAUAAAUAUCAUGAUCAUCAACUUCAGGUUCAAUAUCAAAAAGAAGCUUCAACAAAAUAUCAAGUAACUUGA